GAGAGAGAGAGAGAGAGAGAGAGAGAAAAAGAACGUGUGGAGAUAAAAUAUUUCUAUCUCUUUAAGUUACAUCAAGAUGGUUUGGAAGUGCUGCGUACUGAGUGCAAAGGGUGUAUAUCAGUUGGACACGGGGCAAUUGGACACAGUCCAAUCACAAGUCGCUGUUCCAAGGGACCCUACAAAUGUCUCUAAUCACACGGUGCUGUGAUUGGCUGUGUCCAAAUGCACCGUGUCCAAAUGCACCGCUCCUGAGUGCAAGUCUUUAUGGGAAAUGCCAGUCCAUCGUUUUUCUGUGGAUCCUGCCAGGAUAGAAGGUGCACCUAAGGAAACAUUGGUGAAAUUAAAAAUUUGUACGGAACAUUUUUCUGAAGAUAUGGUACUGCCUUAUGGGCGUAGCCGAAGCUUAACCGAUAAUGCAGUACCAAAUUUAAAUUUGCCUUUAGAAAUUGUUGAGUUGUUUAGAAAAUGAUAAUAUAGUUGUAAACGAAAAUUUUGAUGAGCAUAUGAAUUUAGUGGAAAAUGUUUCGGACAAUUCUGAUUUUGUGCCACUGAUGAUAGCUUCAUAUUGUUUUCACUAGAACAGUGUUUGAAAGACGUCGUCUCAAAUGUUGAAAUAGAUGAUGUCAUUCGCAAGGACACUUGUAUUGAUGAACCGCUUGAAUUAUUUUCGGAUUAUGUCAUUAACGAAGAUGUAUUGGUUACCUCAUUAUCAGAACAUUCAACGAAAAUUAUAGAUUUUAUUUUAAAACAAGUUCAUUAUUGUUCUGAAUGCAAUGAAUCUUUUAAAAAUAGUGAAUUUCUUGUUUGCGCGCAACAAGUAGUAAGUAGAAUUAAUAAAUUAUUAAAAAAUAGAAGUCACAGACGAAAUCUUUUACAUAUAAUUUUACAACAUUUUGAAGAAUUUAAUGUUAAUAUUAGUUGGCAUGAAUGCACCGAGCAUCAUGCUAACAUAUUUCAAAUAAUGGUGCGUGAAAUUGCUGUUCGAACAAUACAGUAGUGGUGUGAACGUAAAAAUAACAUUAAUAACGAUUAUAACGUUAAUUUAGUGCAAUGCGAAGCGAGAGAAAAUAUUGUACAAAUAAAACGUAUGCGUACGUCAUGGUCGUGGUUAUCGUGCGUGGUCAGAUAAGAUCUUGCCUUAGAUGGCUGCGCAAUGAGAAAUGACUUAUCGAUCGACGUCGAAAUCGUCAAAUAGACGUCGAUUCGACGUCUUUUCGACGUCGAUCGAUAAGUUAUUUUUCUCACUGGGUAGGUCAGAUACGAUCUUGCCUUAGUGAAGGUUGAAUCGAAAAAAAUUAAAGAUCGCGCGUAGAUGAAAGACGCAAAAACCGUUGAUAAUGUCCGUAUCGCGAUAAUAGCCCAGAGGAUAAAAGCAAUUCUGUCCUUGCCGUACAGUCGUCUUGCGACAGCCAUCCGGAUUAGUCCACGGAAUUGGAUACAGUCCUUUGAGCCAUUGCAACGGACGAAUUACGACGAGAUGAGCAAUCAUCCGGAACAUAGACUUGCUGUGCACAAACAUCAGCACUUGCACAACGACGACCACUACGACGAAAAAGCCAGUAGACAAUAUAGCUCCCGUAAAAUAGCGAAUAAUGGCGGUCAUGGAGGAGCUACCGCCGCAGAUGACAACGAUGCGAAAAACCAGCGUUAUCGUCAAGAUUAUCGCAGUCACAACGACCGGAAGGAGAAGAGUGUCGAUAACUCACAAGAUCUCAGACCACAGCAGCAACUGUCGUUUAGAGUUCCAACAAUUUCGAAUCAAACUCAUCGGAUCGACACCGCCACCAGCAGAGGGCAGAAACGUGGUGCGACCUACGAGAAUGAGCGGAGAUUUGACUCAAUUUUUCAUCGCAGCGCCAACGAAUUCGAUGGAAUGCACAGUUCUCAAAAGAAUUCGAAAAUUGAGGCACGCGAUUAUGCAAAGCAGAUUGACUCGAGCCGCCCGACGGAAGACAAAGGAAGCAAUCGCUUGCAUUUUUCGACGGAGUACACGCGAACGAACACAACGUUCUUUGAAGGUGAGACUGCCACAGCUCAACAACCGCAUCCGUCGUCGUCGUCGACUUUAUUACCACCAUCACAUAGAAUGGCAGUAGAUGUCAAUACCAGCGACACCGUCAUUGGCGAUGGUGGUAACCACAGCAGCAGCAACAAUGGCGACGCAAGUACCACUGCUCAGAGCAAUAAAGAGCAUAUCGCUAGUUUGAAAAACAUGUUUAUCAACAUGAACGCCAAUGGGAUCGAAAAUGUGGCGAAUAAAAUUGCAUCUAACCAAUUGCACGCUAUACCAAUGCAAUCCGUACAUUUGUACGGAUCCGACAAACUAUACGUCAAUUAUUGCUGGUCGUUGAUUAGUCGUUUAGACGUGAAGCUGUGCUUCAAAUAUUUCAAACUCAAAAACUCCGAAGAUAUGAAGUAUUUAGACGAACUGGUGUCGCAGAUAAUGGCAUCUCUGUCAAAUCUACACAACUUUUUGAAACGCGUGAACAUCGAUAGGAAAUUUAAGCUCAACGAAAACGUUGUGAAGAAAUAUGUCUUCGAAGACGGUGAAUCGCAAAACGUGCAGUUCGAUAAGGUGGCACCAUCCGAAAACGAGUGGAUCAAGCAUAUGAUGAUGUUGAUUCGCGAAUUUGAUUAUAAUCUAUGCAUUUUGUGUAAGUUGAUGGUGUCUGAUGAUAAAGUAUUGGAAGAUCUUGAAAAUGAUAUUUUUUGUAGCAUAAAUAAUAUUCUGCACGAUCAACACCUGGACUAUUUGGAAUCCAAAGUGUUUCAAAACAUCUCGGAACUUCAGCAUGGCAACGACCGCGGUAUAGCAGCAGCAGAGACCGCGGCUAAUACAGUAAAAUUACGCGGUCUGUUCUUCGUGUCGCUGCGGAAGGACAUAUCGAUGAAGUGGAUCGAUAUGAAUUAUCAGUUGAGAGAAGUCUUGAAAAAGUAUAUGCAUAAAGAGUUCGAUGCAAAAAUGACACAAGUAUGUGCACAAAUGGCCAAGAAAACGACGGAGAUUCACGUGAAUAUUUCGAUGUCCAAGAAUGCCAAACAUUUUUGCAUCUUGUCAAAACGUACACCCACGAAUCGUUUUAUGUCGACGUUCACGGGCAACAACGACGACGGCGAUGGUCUCUUGGCUCUGGUGCAGUUAGAUUCUAUGAAUUUGGAUUACACCAAAAAUACUAUUACUUUCAAGGCAUUGGUGUUAAAUACCAUAUCCGCAAACGAUUUCAAAUAUAAACAAUGAGUCGCGUCCGGCGAAUGUCAAUAAAAAGACACAUGUAAUCAA